UAUUAUUGAGCGUAUCUGCUGCGAGGUUCCACGAAAGUGGUGGCAAGACUCUCUCUUGAAGGCAUCCACAAACAGUUUGGAUAAUCGCUGCUUGAUGUUCUAACGAGAAGCGAUGUUGUUUCUUUAUAAAUCCAAUUGAAAAUCAUUGGAGAUAUACCAUAACUCCGUGACAUCAAAAGGCACGUUAUCAAAAAUAUCCUCCAUAUUUAAGAAUCGAACAUCCAAACAAGAUUGCUUUUGAGUGAGUGCUUCUCGAUAUCGUAAGCGACUUUGUUUAGAAGAGUCACAGGGAAGUUCCCAGAUUGGCAUGCAUGUUGUGUUGGUUCACAUUGAGAGGCACGUUAGCCAGAUCAACAUCGCGGAUGCGGCAAUCGACAAUGCGGUAUAAGCCUGAAACGUAUAAGCAUUUCAGAACAACAAAUCAAACUGAUGGUUCCGAACUCCUUGCAUUUUCUUGUAAAACUGUAGCAAAAUUGCAAAUAAGUUAUUUUUCUAAGGCAAAUGUUUGAAAUAAUCCAAUCCCUUGUGAAACAAAAAAGCACUGUGUUAUCACAAACGAAGAUACAGACGGAGCAGUAAUCGUUUUUUUCGGUACCACUUUUAUUUUCACCCUUUGGUAAGCCCCUCUCGCUUUGUGUAAUCAGCGCGCAUUGCUGGACCCCUUGAACGGGCGAAAUUAGCGAACUGUCAAGCGACUUGUCAACAACUUGUUUACUAAUAAACAUUAAAAGUUCUGCGUGCUUUGUCCCCAGCCACACCAAGUCGGUCGGGGCAGAAUUCCGGAACACCGGGAAUUUGAGUGUAGGAGACAGUUGCGCCAAAAAAAAAUUGCCGGAAAGAGGAACUAGUUGACGAAAUCCAGUUUAUAAUGCGCAAACGCAUUUUGGUGAUGGACGAUGAUGAACUAGAUGGAGAUGGAAAGCAAAAACCAGGUCACCAGGUGAGGAAUGGUACACCAUCAAAGGAGCUGUCUUCGUUUAAGUGCGUCGUAAAAAGGAUACGGCUACAAAGUCGCCGGUACAAAAGAAAGUUUAGACGAGCCAACGGAUUGGGUUUAUCGAAGGUUGGACUUCCUGGAGUACCCAAAAGCAUAACCUUCUAUGUUCCGGAAUUGUUCCUGACGCUGACUGGCCAUGCGUCGGUGGGAACUGAAGUGCCGUCACACACAUUGCAUGCUGAUUGGAUGCCCUUGUGGGAUUGGCUCAAUUCGGGUUUCGAGAGCAGACGUACGAGCGGAUGGCCAUUUUGCUGAUGGAAAAAGGAGUCAAGUUGGCUCACGUCGAGUGAACCGAAACGCUGAACAUAUGAAAGAAAAAAAUAGAAACAAUUUCAAAAAUGACAAGCGUGAAGCGUCAGAUGAUAAGCCAGGAUUCUCUCAUGGGAACGUAGAGGUUUUUGGCGAGGAAGUACACGGAAGCCACAUUUAUUGCCCAAAUUUUAUAGUAUAGGCUGGCUGAUACGAAGCGUGCCAAUCAGGGAGGUUAGCGAUCGACCAGUUUGUACAAUCCAGCGGUUGAAGAUGAUAUAAAUAUAUGAACCAUGGUAUAAAAUGGUAAAAGUUGAAUGAGCCAUAAUUGAUACCUGAUAAGAAAGAAAUCCUUUUAGGGUCUCAGAGACAACUCCAUACAAGCCAUCACAUUGCGAUUUGAAAGGACGUGGCGAACCUAAUAAGAACGAUUAUUACACCUGUUGAACCACUCCAGACGUUGUCGGUAGUGGCAAACUGUAAAAAUCUGGGAGGACGUAAUAAACCUCAUUUGAUCGCAUCUUCUGAAAUAUCUCCAGAAGUUUUUGUUAAAUAUGAACAUUAUAAAUUGCAAUAUUUUUUCUUGCAUCGCGAUACUAUUUGAGAGAACGUGUUGAACCUUAUUGGGGCAAGUCUUUUUUAGACCUCUAGAGCAACUCAAGAAGUUUUUGGUUAAAGUGAACUGUUUCAGAAGUAAACAUAUGUCUUGCAUCACCAUGCAAUUUGGAAAGACCAAAUGAAACUUAUUAGAUUUCAUCCUUAACC